UUGGUGAGUUUGGAAAGGAUUUUGAUAUGUGACGGUUUAUAAUAAUUUGUGUUUUUUUUGUCGCUCUCUCUCCCUAUUUGACGGUGUGUGCAAUCUUUCAAGUGUUUAGUCGUUUUUAAAUUCAAUCAAAUUUUCCAGUGCAAGCGAUUUUUUCUUUCUUCUCCCGUACAUUUUUUUUUUAUUUAAUUGUACACACACCGUAACUGAAAUCGGGGAGAAAAAAAAGACGUGAAUUUUAAGCAACCGAAGAAGUAGAAGAAAAAAAAAUCAACCAUCCGCAUUGAAUUUGUGCAUUUAAAAUCAUAUACAAUAUCGACUUCAAUAAAACCAAUAAAUAGUUUUUCUUAAAAACAAAAAAAACGAUAACAUUAAGUGAAACAUUUAAAGCAAUCCAAUUGAGAAUUACAAUAGAAAAAUCAUAGAAUUUGCUAUUCAGUUCAGUUCAAUCGAAUUUCAUAGAACAACAACAAAUCCAUUAUAAUGGACUGCCAUCGAAUGUGUCGGAGUGUUUAAAUAAGAAAAAAAUAGUGGAUUUCUUGGGAAAGGCACUAAAUCAUUCCGCAGGAACAAGAUUUAGUGGUUUGGUGUGUUUGUUUUUUUUUUAAUGAAACAACGUUGUUGUUUUUUUCUUGUGUUCUAGUGGAAUUAGCCUUUGAACGAGUUUAUUGUUUGACGGCUAAAAGAACUGUGCACUCGACAAAAACGAGGUGGAUCCCAAAGCUGUAGUUGGAGUCCAACGGGGGAGAGCUGUGUAAAACACAAUAUAGAGGCUGCAGCGGUGUCCAACGAUAGACAAGCAACGGUAGAACAUAGAAGAGAAAGAGAAAAAACAAACUAGAUUAAGAACGUAUUAGGAAAAUAAUGACAUACGAUAGCAGAGGCCAUGCAGUUGAAUCGGCUGAUAUAUCGGAUCAACGACACGAAAACACAAUGCUCAAUCCACGGAAUAAUGAAUCAAAUCAACCAACGCCGGAGCAACUGAUUGAAAAUUUUCCGGAAGCAAAGCUUCGAUCACUUAUUGCAAAGAUAUCCAGUCCAAGAUGGGUAGUACCAGUGUUACCUGAACAAGAAUUGGAAUGCCUUUUGAAUUAUGCGAUUGAACUAACGAAGGCUGGCGUCGAUGAGGAAUGUGAGUCAUGCAUGCGCUUCUAUCGCGACGGUUUGACGGUUUCUUUCAUGAAAAUCCUCACGGAUGAAGCGGUCAAUUCAUGGAAAUACAAUAUACAUUAUUGUAUAUUUAAUUCGUGUGCAAAAUUUAUGCAAUUGUGUGCAUUGCAUUUGAAACGUGAUAAUUCGUAUUUGUUGGAAUUGCUGAGCGUUGUACUGGAUCCCGAUAAUAAAUUCAAUACGUUUAAUAUAUCACGACAACCGGCCAAUGCAACAUCGUUUGCAAGCAUUGCGGCCAAUGCAAAAACGGAGAAUUCAAUCGGUCAAACCAUACCGACGAUCAGCACAACUCCUCCCAGCACAACGGCGAGCACGAUAUCAACAACCGUAACAACAACAACAACAAUCGCUACAACAGCAACAACAUCUCCGACGUCAAUUACUCAAAUCCAAAGUGUCAAUGAGGAAAUAACGACGCAAACAAGUUCGACUUCACCGUCGGCUGUUAGCAAACCAAACACGUUGCCGGUAAACACAACAACGUUGAGUUCAACCAAUGUCACACAAUCAAGACAAUCGCCAGUUCAACUACAAAGCAACGAAAAUGCAUCAUCGAUCCCAUCACGAAAUCAGUCGAAUAGUACCGUCACAAAUGCAUGGGCCACAAUGUCAGAGGAUCAAAUUUAUGCAAAAUCACCACCAGAACCACAUCAUCCACGCGGUUGGCUGGUCGAUCUCAUCAAUCGAUUCGGUCAAUAUGGUGGUUUCGAUAAUUUGCUCGAUCGUUUUUAUGCUGGCGUUGCUGCGGUGCAGAAGAAAACCGGCGAACAAUCAACGGAUGCCAAAGAUGUCAUCACAAAAACAGCCACAUCAAAUGGAAUCGCAAACACCACCCGUUCAACGGCAACUAAAGCAGCCAACGAAAAUAACAGCAACAUAACAUUGCAUUUAAUUUAUGCAUUAGUUCGGCCAUUUGGCCAAUGCUACGAAUUACUUACCGUGCACACCAUUGAAAAAUACUUUUUACCAAUGUGGGAGAUUGUCUUGCAAUUGCUGAACAAUUUAUCGGACGACGAGCUAAAACGUGAAGCAAAACCUGAAGGUCGUAACGAUUUGAUUAAUGGCAUUAUUAAAGCGGCACGAUGUUUAACUAGUCGUUUAACGAAACAAGAAAAUCUCAUCAAAGAAUUGGAAAUGUUUCGAUUGAAAAUGAUUUUACGAUUGUUGAAAAUUUCCAGUUUUAAUGGCAAAAUGAGUGCAUUAAAUGAGAUCAAUAAGAUUUUAUUCGCCUUUUCGUACUAUCCACGUCAAUCGCAGAUACCGAUGUGCGCACCCGAAGAGGAAAUCGAAUGGUUGAAUGCGGAAAAGAUUGCCAAAUGGAUAAAAGACAGCAAUGUUUUGGGCAUUGUGCUGCAUGAUUCACUGCAUCAGCCACAGUAUGUGGAUAAAUUGGAGAAAAUUUUACGGUUUUUAAUCAAAGAAAAGGCUCUAACGCUCAGCGAUUUGGAUGCCGUGUGGCAAGCACAAGCCGGUAAACAUGAGGCCAUCGUUAAGAAUGUUCAUGAUUUGCUCGCAAAAUUAGCCUAUGAUUUUAAUACCGAGCAAUUGGACCAUUUGUUUGGAUGCUUUCAGGCUAGCAUGAAAUCAGCCAAUAAGCAUCAGCGCGAGCGUUUGCUCGAAUUAAUACGUCGUUUAGCCGAAGACGAUAAAAGCGGUGUGAUGGCACACAAAGUGUUGAAGUUAUUUUGGACGUUGGCCCAUAGUUUGGAGAUCCCAAAAGAAGUGAUGGAACAAGCACUGACGGCCCAUGUAAAAAUUCUGGAUUAUAGUUGUGCUCAAGAGCGUGAUGCUCAGAAAACGAUAUGGUUGUCAAAGUGUGUGGAAGAAUUGAAACAGGACAAUGGAUGGGUGUUGCCGGCAUUGCGUUUAAUACGGGAAAUUUGCUGUUUGUAUGAUCCAUCAACUAGUCAUGUGCAGCGAAUGCAUCAAAGUUUCAAUCGUCAGCAUGUGAUUGAGCGGCUACAGAAUGAGCAUACGCUAGUCAUUUUGGUAACCAAUAGCCUUACCACGUACAUGGAUCGUGUACGAGCAAUUGUUAAAGAGAAACCAGAUAUCGUGCCUGAAACAUUGUUACUGGAUCAACGUUAUCCGCAUCAGCAGCAGAUUCAAGAGCGUUUAGAUUUUUUGAAAUUUGUCCUAAAGGAUGGUCAAUUGUGGCUGUGUUCCGAUCAAGCGAAACAAAUUUGGCAGUGUUUAGCCGUGAAUGCCGCCUUUCCAACCGAUCGCGAAGAAUGCUUUCGAUGGUUUGGCAAAUUGAUGGGCGAAGAGCCCGACUUAGACCCCGGUAUCAACAAAGACUUUUUCGAAAAUAAUAUUUUGCAAUUGGAUCCCCAAUUGUUAACGGAAAGUGGAAUUCGAUGUUUUGAACGCUUUUUCAAGGCGGUCAAUUCGAAAGAGGAGAAAUUAAAAGCAAAAUCACGCAGCUACAUACUCGAUGACGAAGAUCUCAUUGGCAAAGAUUAUUUGUGGCGUGUCAUUACCACGGGCAACGAGGUCAUUUCCCACAAGGCAAUCCAAUUGCUGAAAGAAGUGUCGACCGCACUUGGGCCACGACUACAAGCAAAUAUUGCAACAUUUCAUGAGAACUUCAUCCGGGAAUGCUGUGAUCGGCUGAAAGCUUAUUACGACAACAUUAUGGUUCUUACCGAAACGAUGCAAGGUGACAAUAUACAGGAGAACAGCGACGAAAAUAAAGAUAAUAAAAUGCGUCAUGUUGAAGCGGAAAAAAUGUGCCGUGUUAUCAUUAUGCUGUUGGAAUACAUUGUGGAAUGUGAUCGUGCAUUUACCGGUGAACGUCUGUUUUUGCCAUUGAGUCGAGCCUAUCGUGGAAAACACACUACACUUUAUGUUCGCAUCCAAUUCCCGGGCCGGCAACAAACCGAAGACAUUGAAGUGAAUACACACAGCAACGAAAUGGUCGCUUCAUUCAAGCGACAAUUGCUCAAACGCAUCAAAAGCACACCAAACAACAUCAAGAUCGAUUUUUACUAUCCAAAUGACAAUUUGAUCGAAAUUAACGACGAUCAAAAUGCAAUUAGUUAUUAUAAUAUUCGUGAUAAAAUGUUGAUAACCGCCAAACUGUCACCAUACAGUCCGGGCUUAUCGAGCAGUCCGGAUAGUUCGUCUGAUAGUAGCACAGGUUCUCCACCUCGUCCGUGUCCCGAUAUGUUGAAACCGGAAAACGAACGACAACUGCCCGGUAUCAUAAUCGCACAAAAGCCAAACUUUACCGAAUUCUUUUUGCGAUUGUAUCAGCUGGGCAUCGAUUUAAAUCAUGCACUGUUGCGAGAAGGAUGCCGUAGUCUGUUGCACUUAUUGCCAAUCGAUCGAUUAACAUCACAGAAAUUGCAGCAAAUGUGCAACCCCUUGGCAACAUACGAUAACUUGGUGGUGGUUACGCCUGAAUCGAUGUUCCUGCAUCCACCAUUCGCGCAAGUGAUUUACAAUUUGGAAGUGUUGUACGCGUUGCUCAUACCGGCCGUCGAGCAAAAUCAAUCGUUUCAACUAACUUGGAUUCACUCAGGUGUUGCUCAUUUCAUUUUGGAGCUAUUGACCAAAAACAAUUUCUUACCAAACUCCGAUGUACAUACUAAACGUGCUGCCUUCACUAACGUGCUGCGUCUUUCGAAGAUAUUUUUGUUUGUUGUUGGCUGUGUACUGAGCAAAGUUGGCGAUGAACCGACAUCAACAGCAGCUGAAACCGGUCGGUCACAAAUCGAUCUGCUGAAAUCAACGUUUACGAAUAUUUUGGGCCAGACGGAACAAACGAUUCGAGCCAUUGCACUGAAAUUGGCCGACAGUCUAUCGAACGAGAUGUUGUCGUAUGAACCGGAAGGUGAAACAUGUCGCAAAUUAUUUGCAAGUGCAUUGAAGUGGUCGUGUCCAGACGUGCAAACGAUCAAAGCGAUUGUUCAGUUGGCAUGGGCCAGUGGCUGUGGUCAUCUCGAUAUGUUAGAUGCGAGCAAUAGUUUUAGCGAUUCAAAACCGACACCAGAGCAAGCGGAUCAUAAUUUAUGCAAGGAAGCUCUUGAAGUGUUGACCAUAUCUCUGGUACUGAAUCCCGAGGCGAGCGAAUCACUGAGCAAAGAUCCAAUGUGGUCAAAAUUCAUUUUGGCAUUAGUACUGGAGAAUCCAAUGCGUCAAAUACGACAGAGUGCAACCGAGCAGCUGUAUUUGAUUUGCACCUAUUGCGCCACCGAUUGGAGACCAUUCUCAUUUGUUAUUGCCUUGUUGAUUGAUGCACUGGAAAAUCUGGCACCACACAAUUCCAACACGUGUGCCGAAUUCUUCCAGCUAUUGUGUCGAACAUUGAACUAUGGAUGCAUGUACAAUUGGCCAUUUCCCAUUAACGAUGUACUAUUGACGCAGGAAAUCUCAUGGCUGCGUGCCAUUUUGGAAAAUGUGAAACAAACGGGUGAAACAAGCGUGCACGAAGAUCUCCUCGAAGGGCAUUUAUGUUUAACGAAAGAGCUUAUGUUCUAUUUCAAUGCUGAUCUAAAGUCGCAGCUAACCGAUUUCAUUAUGGAAAUUCUCGAUGAAUUCCUGUUCCCAGCCUCACGUCAAUAUUUGCAACUCCAUCAAAGCGAUCAGUUGAUUAAUUUUGAUGCUGCGCCACCCGUUUGCCGGAGCCCGCAUACCAUAACGGCCGCAUGUGAUUUGUUGAUUGCAUUAUGCCAAAAUUCGAUACCAAAUAUGAAAUUAAUCGUUAAUAAUUUAGUCAAUAUGAUUUGCACACAUUCGGAACCGUUACGCGAAUGGGAAUAUUUGCCACCGAUCAAUGUACGGCCAUUCAAGGGAUUUUGUGGUUUGAAAAAUGCGGGCGCCACAUGCUACAUGAACUCGGUGUUACAGCAAUUGUUUAUGGUGCCAUCGAUAAGAGUUGGUAUUUUGACCGCAGCCGGAGCAUGCAACGAUCCACACGAAGAUUUUAGCAACGAAGCUGAGUCGCCACCCAAUUAUUAUGGAAAUGAAAGCGACACGGAGCUCAGUAACUUGAGCGCUCGUGAACGUUAUAAUGUGUCAAUUUUAAAGCAUGUUCAAGCAAUAUUUGCUCACUUGGGACACAGUGCACUCCAAUUUUAUGUUCCACGCGGCUUAUGGAGCCAGUUCAAGCUUCAAGGUGAACCGGUGAAUUUGCGUGAGCAACAAGAUGCUGUUGAAUUUUUCAUGUCGAUUCUCGAUAGUUUGGAUGAAGGAUUAAAGGCUCUGGGCCAUCCACAAUUGAUGGCAUCAACUCUCGGUGGUUGCUUCAGCGAUCAAAAGAUUUGCAAAGAGUGUCCGCAUCGUUAUUCGAAAGAGGAACCGUUCAGUGUGUUCAGUGUAGAUAUUCGAAACCAUAGCUCAUUGACUGAAUCACUGGAACAAUACGUCAAAGGAGAAUUGCUUGAAGGCGCCGAUGCCUAUCAUUGUGAUAAAUGUAAUAAAAAGGUGGUCACAAUAAAAAGAUUAUGUGUUCGAAAAUUGCCGCCCGUUUUAGCCAUCCAAUUGAAGCGCUUUGAAUAUGACUACGAACGUGAUUGUGCUAUCAAAUUUAAUGAUUAUUUCGAAUUUCCACGCGAAUUAGACAUGGAACCAUACACAGUUUCGGGAUUAGCUAAAAUCGAAGGUGAAGUAAUUGAAUACGAAGAUGAGUUGGAUGAUUCACAGAGUACGACCAAAUAUCAGUUGACUGGAAUUGUUGUGCACAGUGGACAAGCCUCUGGCGGUCAUUACUUUAGCUAUAUUCUUCACAAGGAUUAUGAAACGGGUAAAGAUCAGUGGUAUAAAUUCGACGACGGCGAAGUAACCGAAUGCAAAAUGCAUGAGGAUGAAGAACUGAAGGCACAAUGCUUCGGCGGUGAUUAUAUGGGAGAAGUGUUCGAUAGUAAUUUGAAGCGGAUGCAAUUCCGUCGUCAGAAACGAUGGUGGAAUGCGUACAUGCUGUUUUAUACACGCUGUGAUCAAAAAUUCAUACAUAAAAAAUCACUCAAAGAACAAUUGUCACUGGCUGAAAGCCGUCACUGUAUAUUACCAAUGCCGGAACCAAUCGAACGCAGCGUUCGCAUCCAAAAUAUACGUUUCCUUCAUUCACGCAGCAUUUUUACACCCGAAUUUUUUAACUUCAUUCGCAAAUUGGUUCAUUCAUCGGCACCGACGCGUAUUGAAAAAUUGACGCCACAAAUUGAGGAGUUAUCGUUGUUAAGCAUUCAGUUAGCAUCACGUUUUUUGUUCCAUACUGGAUUACAUACGAAGAAAACGUUGCGUGGAGCAUCAACCGAUUGGUACGAAACCCUUUCACUCCACCUUCGUCACUCGCCAAUGGUACGACGCUGGUUCAGCGAAAAUGCUUUGCUCAGUGUCUCUGGGCGAUUGGCUGAAUAUAUUUUAGUUGCACCAACUCCAGAGCUUCGCAGCAUGUUUGUAAAACUGAUUGUGUUCUUGUGUCAUUUCGCCAUGACGGAUGAACCAUUGCAAAGCAUACAAACGACGGCCGAUUCGUUGUGCGAACAAAUUCUAUUGCAUGUAUUGUAUUUAUUAAAAACGGACGUACCAGAUAAUGGAAAGCAUUUAACGCAAUAUUUCACAUUGUUCACCAUGUACGCCGGUAUGAGUGUGCAACAAAAGCUGCAAUUGCUUAAGUUGAAUGUUCCGGCGAUAUUCAUGCAAGUGGCGUUGGACGAAGGACCUGGUCCACCAAUCAAACACCAAUACCCAGAAUUAUGUAAAUUGCAUCAUGUUGUAUCGAUGCUUGUGCGAUGCAGUGACAUAACAUCGGAGUGUUCGAGUCCAAAUGAAUCGCCAAUUUUACCAAAUGUCUAUGGCGAACCGCAAAUCAAUCCCGAUGAACGACCCAAACUCUCAAAGGAAGCCAUGCAACAUCUGUUUCAGAAAACAACCUAUAUCAAGAAAGUCAUUGAAGACGUGCAUGUAGGCGAAGAAGGAUUGAAAUUGUUGCAAUAUUGUUGUUGGGAAAAUCCGAUAUUCUCACGUAAUGUCUUAGUUGAGCUAUUGUGGCAAUGUGGAUUCACAUACUGGCACGAUUUACGCCAUCACACCGAUAUGCUGUUGAAUAUUUUGUUGAUGGAAGAUUCGUGGCAGAAUCAUCGCAUCCACAAUGCAUUGCUUGGGGUGGCCGAAGAGCGUGAAGGAUUACUUGAAAUAAUUCAGCGAACCAAAACACACUACCAGAAACGAGCCUAUCAAAUCAUGAAAUGUUUGGUGCAGCUGUUCAAGACGUGUCAAUGCGCACACGAAAUGCUGUUAAACAACUUCAAAGUGACAACACAAUGGGUGAUGGCUUGUGAGUGGCUCCGCGAAGAGCUUGACCGACGAGUGCCCAGCAAUCAGUACAGUUACAGUUCCUGGUCACAUUCAUCAGUGGCCAUUUCAUCGGUUGCUACGAAUGACAACUCCAACGGUUACAUGCUCGAGCGAUCACAAUCGGCCAAAAAUCUGUUGACGUUGGCAUUCGAGUUAUGCCCGAGUGAGCUUGAUUCAACCGAAAAUGAAGAGAUUUCGGAUGGAGGUUUGGUACGUUUGCAAUCACAACAGAUGCUAGAUCAAAUCCACAGUGACGAACCGCUGCCAGCGUCCGGCACCGGUCCAGUCGAUGGUGAUAAUGAUUCAUCGGAUAGCGCAGAAGAUCCACGCGAAACGAUGCAUUCUGGAAUAACAAACAAAUCACUUCUUGGAAAUAUGCGAUGCAAUCAGAAUCUUCGUCACCGAAAAGAUCUCGAUAAAUCGGACACCGUGCAAAAUGAUGAGUUCGAAAAUCGACUUUUGCCAUACGAAGACGAUGAACAAGAGGAUGACAACGAUACAAAUAUCACGGAUGACGAAGAGAACGUUGAUAUUGGGAAUCAUUAUUACCAAAAGCUUGGUAUCGAUGAGAAAACUGACGGCACGAAUUCGAGCCGACUGAAAUUGCUGUUGACUGAAACGCAAGAUGUGGCAAAUGAUAUGAAAAAUUUGCUAAUCACCAAUCCAAAAACGGUUGCCGAGCCAGACACAACAAAGCCAGAUGUUAAGCCGAAUGUAUCAGCGACCAGUUCAUCACCACCAACAGUUCAAUCGAAAAGCGAACAGUAACAUUUGGACAAAUGACAGCAGCGGCGACAACGGCAACGACAACGUUCAAUCGAAUCGAGACGAUACUCAAGCCACUGAUUUACCAAUGCAAACAAAAGUAGAAACAAAUGAAGAAAAAAAAAACGAACCAAGAGACACAAAAAUAGUUGUCGCUGUUGUUUAGUUCCAUGCGUUGUCGGAAGCUCUGCAAGGAGAGUAUAAAGAAAAUCAGGAUAAGAAGAAAAAAAGACCGAAUCGUAAACCACAAGAAGACACAAAACGAACGAACGCUGGUCGAAUUGUUAAAUCUUAAAUGAAAAAAAAAAACAAAGAACAUAUAAAUUUCAUUUUUUUGCGCUUAUGUGUGAUAUAAAAUUAAUAACUGAGAAUGAAUGGAGGUAAAUUGAUAGUAAAAAAAAAACAAGUUAAAUAAUCUAAAAUCCACUAAUUUAUAUACAACAAACACAACAACAAGAAAAAAACAUGGUGAAUAAAACAAUUGACAGUGAAGAAUGAAUUAAGAAAAUUAGAGCGAAGGAAUGGCAAUAGAAGAGAAUGCAAAUGAACAAGAUAACGAAAUUGAAAGUAAUUGCAAUCAAUUGCUGAUAUAUAUUAAAUGGAAGAUAGAAGUUGAAGAGGAAAAAUCCACUCGAGCAAACUGUAUUCUUAAUCCUGAUUUAUGUUUAAUCACAUAAUCAUCUACUUAUUCACACAUUCACAGAAUAACACACACACAAACACACACCGAGAGAGUAAAACAAAUUUAAGCUAAAUAAAAUUGAUCGUGACUCUAGUCCAUCGAAUCAGUAAAACAAAAAAAAUAACAUAAUGAAAACUUAGCUAAACAAACAAAAAAACAAAUCGUUAUACAACAUCAACAACACAAAAAAUUACAAACAAUUUUCCAAAUAUGAUUAUUAUCGAAAUAGAAUUCAAUGAAUCAAUCGAAAUGGUGAGAGGGAGAGAGAGAGAGAGAGAGAGAGAGAGAGAAGAAAAAUUUGUUUACAUAGAUGCUCGCGAAUACAUUAGGAAGUUAAUUUGAAAAUUUGCAUUAAAAAAAAUUAAAUUACAAUUUUGUUGCAAAUGCAAUGCAACACAAAUGAACUAUUGAGUUGUAAAAAUCUAAAACUAUGGAAAAUCAAUAAAUUUACAUAAAUUAAUAUUA